CAGUGAAAUUAGAGCAGGAAUCCCUUGAUAAUGUUGCACAUUUUUAAACCCUACAAAUCAGGUGAUAAGUUUCCAGAGGAUACUUGGUGCUGUAUAAAAAUGAUGGAAUCAGUAGAAGCUCAGUUUUAGUUUGUCUAAUUUUAUAUUAGAUCUUCAAAUGCAGCAGGUUUUAGAUUAUGCUUGGGCUAUUUUAAAUACUGAAACUCAACAUAAAAUAGGGUAGUGAGUAUCAAUGUAGAAUUAUGGCUUACUUCAUUUGAGUAUUUGACAAAAAGCAGGAAACCAAGUUAUGCAGUCCUUUUUUGCUUUUAAUGCUAGGUUUCUUCUGAUGUAUUCUACAAUUCUCUGCAGCCAUUAUAAUUCUGCUCUAACAACGGCAGUAGUUGGUGCUAUAAAAAAUGUGUCUGUUGCUUAUAUUGGCAUGCUGUUUGGUGGAGAUUACAUGUUUAAUAUGUUGAACUUCAUUGGACUCAAUAUCAGCAUGGCAGGAGGGCUGAGAUAUUCAUUCUUGGCAAUACAGGGACAGGACAAUCCUGAAUGUCCCUCCAUAGAUGAGGAAAAAGCAAUUCCAGGUUCCAAGAGCUAACUGAAGCAGACAACAUGAAAAACUCUAAAGAUGCCAAUUUAAGCAAACAUAUUUCCUUGGACAGAAGAUGAUAAUUGAAACAUAUAAAAAAUGCACCUGAAAAAACACUUGCUAUAUCAAAGCAAUCUUCAACGUACACAAAAUAGUUUGCAAGCUUUUGAGUUUCCAAGAAUUGUUCGUGAUUAAAAAUCCAAAAAACAAUAUUAAGGGGUAUAUAAAAUGUGACCUUUUUUUUAGGCUAUGUCUGUAAUGGGCUUCAAAUGGUGUGUGAUUUUUAU